GUAUCAUCCAUUACCAAAAUAAUGAACAUCAAGUCAUAGGUAUGGUCACUGAGGGAUAUAAUUACAUCUCUGACGUUAUGGAUUGGCCGUCUGGUACUUUGCCCGUGGAUUGUUGCACCACAGAAAGUAACAUAGGAGUUAUUAUUGGUUCUGUAAUAGGAACUCUAUCAACUGUAGCUGUCAUCAUAUUUAUGGUCUUAUUAUACAAAAAAUGUCACCACAAAAAGGAGACGGUGAACAGAUUAUGGGGUAGAAAUGGACCGGAACUCAAAUUACGACGAGACAAAGUAACAAAAAUAUCGCCAGCUACAACUGCAACAAGUAAUAAUACACAGAACAAUUUACCAAAACGACGACGUUUAGUUAGAAUGGAGACGGUCGCUACGUUGGGAUUUGGUUCAAAUGUGAGUCUGGAUAAAACACGCUAUUUUACAACAGUUGGGCAAUUCAAAGGUUCUAUCGUAGCUGUCAAACAACUACAAGGUCGAUCAAUUCGUUUAACUAAUACAACUAUAGACGAUUUAAAUAAAAUUAUGGAAUUACGUCACGAUAAUUUAAACCAGUUUGUAGGAGCUAGGUUAGAUAGUGAUACUGGCUAUAUUUUAUAUAAAUACUGUGCUAAAGGCAGUCUACGAGAUGUACUAGAGAACGAUGAUAUCAAGUUAGAUUGGGUGUUUAAAAUGUCUUUCGCUAUUGAUAUAUCCAAGGGUAUGGAAUACAUCCAUAAAUGCCCAUUAAAGUCUCACGGUAAUUUAAAAUCCAGUAAUUGUGUAAUAGACAGUAGAUGGGUUGUUAAGAUCACGGAUUUUGGAGCCCUUACGGGUAAAACCGACAAAACAGAUACACAAGACGAGCAAGCUUAUAGCAAACGUUUGCUGUGGACAGCACCAGAAUUAUUACGAAUGAGUAAAAUACCGAAGAAAGGAAGUCAGAAAGGCGAUGUUUAUAGUUUUUCUAUAAUAUUACAAGAAAUUUUAUUACGUUGUUUACCUUAUUAUUACAACACCCUUCCAUAUACAGAUAUUAUUGAAAAGGUUAAGGAAAAGACGGAGCCACUGUACCGUCCUGUUAUACCCUCAGAUUGUAGGCCAGAUGAUUCUGCUGUUAAUUUAAUGAAAGGGUGUUGGAAUGAAGAUGCUGCUCAGCGUCCAGAUUUUAGAUCAAUUAGAAAGCAUUUAAUAGACUUAAAUGGCGGAAGGAAAACUAAUAUAAUGGAUAAUAUGAUUCAACUAUUGGAAGCUUAUAGUAAUAAUCUAGAAGACCUUGUAGCAGAAAGAACAGAUGAACUCGCACAAGAAAAAUUAAAAACUGAAAGACUUUUAUGUCAGAUGCUACCCCCCGCCGUAGCAGAGCAACUUAAAUUAGGUCGACCAGUAAUACCGGAAACAUUUGAUGAGGUGUCCAUUUUCUUUUCUGAUAUAGUUGGCUUUACACAUCUAGCUAGUAUUAGUGAACCACUACAGGUGGUUGAUUUAUUAAAUGAUUUGUACACAACUUUUGAUGGUAUUAUAGCUACACACGAUGUUUAUAAAGUUGAGACAAUCGGCGAUGCUUACAUGUGUGUUAGUGGUGUUCCCAAUCGCAAUGGUAAACGUCAUUCAGGAGAAAUAGCCAAUAUGGCGCUGGAUUUAAUUAGUGCAGUGCACAACUUCCGGAUCCGUCACUUACCCGAAGAACGAUUAUUACUACGCGUUGGACUACAUACAGGAUCGUGCGCAGCUGGUGUAGUUGGACAGAUCAUGCCUAGAUAUUGUUUAUUUGGUGAUACGGUCAAUAUGGCGUCUAGAAUGGAAUCAAUGGGCAAAGCGCUACAUAUACACAUGAGUAUUGAUAUGAACGAAGCAUUGACAGAUUUAGAUGAAGGGUUUUUAACUGUACAAAGAGGCAAUGUUCACGUUAAGGGAAAAGGCGUCCAGAAAACAUUUUGGUUAGUUGGUAAGAAAUCCUACCAUAAAGCCCUACCAGAGGCCAUGUUAAGGUUUCACCAGAAGACAUGCGACGAUGGAUUGAGAACCAGGUCGCCAUCUGUAAAAUCUUUGGGUAUCUCAGAUAAAUAUGAAGAUAGCAUGUAUUCCGGAUUAUUACGGAAACCAUCGAUAACUACAAAUAACUCUUCGAUCUCGUUAAACAGUAUCGAUUAUCGAUCAGAUAUCGUCAAUAAUGACUUAUUAUCGGUUGAUGAACCCUUCAGGUUUGAAUGUUCGUACGAUAAAAGACACAGUACUUCGAGUUAUAUUUCUUUGGAUACGGAAGAUGAUGACGAUGCCUUCAAGAAAAUCAUUGUGCCGCGAAUAGACGUAACAGAAUUGCCGUAAUGUUGACUAAUACUGUUUACGUUGCAUAUGAGUUGGGAGUGCUACGUGAAAUGUUUGAGUGCAGUGGGAAAUGGCAUGGCUGUGUACCCAAGAUCAUACAUGUUAGGCUCCAAAUUUGGAGUACUGACUUAACAAACAGCUCCAGAAUAUAUCGUAUCUUUUAGUGAAAAGAUUUUUGGAAGUUAUGUAUAUAUUAAUAUCACGUGUGAAUUAUAAAGGUAUGACCAAAGUCCCGAUGCGCCAUCUUACCGCCUAUGAAUCAUUUGCAAACUACAAUAUUGUGAAAGAGGAAUCUGUAACAGGAAUAUCAUCAGCCCAAAACUGGGUUCAAUUCUGUUCAGUAUUUACAAAGAUAUGUGGAAUUUAAAUUUCAUCGAUCUAUGCUGAUCGCUGUGCAAUAAGCCCGCCGCCAUUUUGUUGACGGGGCAAUUUAUUGAUAGGCCGGGAGAAUUAUAUAGAUAUUUUAGCAAAAAUUCCAAUGGCGCAUCAGGACUUUAAAAUUUAAUACAGUUGUAAUAUUCUUUAUAUUGAUGAAAGGAACAUUUUGUUCUUUAAUUGUAUAGAUGUUCUUUAAUUGUAUGCGAAUAUAUUCGAUUUACUUAGUAGGGUUUAAUUUUCCGUCAUUUAGUCAAAGGGUUGAUGA